UGUACAGUCAACACUGUUUGGUGACUGAAGUCAGUAUCCAAUCUUAACCCAACACCCAAAACCUGGAUUUUCCUUUGGAUCUGAGCAAAUCCCUCCUUCCUCGAGUACAUCAUAUCCCUCUUAUUUUGUGUGAUUCCAGUUACAUGGGCUUCCUCAGUCCCUGGCUCUGCUCAAUCCCUCCAUGGCUUUCUCCUUAUCCAGUCCUGCCCUCUUCCCUCCUACACUGAAGCAGUCCCCUUCUUCCCCCUCCCUUCACUCCCACACACAAACUAAUCUUUGAGCUGUCCUGUCCAUGACAAUUGGCUCAAUCCCAGAAGCAACAGCAGCACCAGAACCUGCAACACCAGCAGUACAAAACCCAUAUCUCAGAAUUUUCACUACCUCAGUGGAAAAUCUUACCCAAUUCAGUGUAGCGUGUGUGAGAGUGACUGACGGGUCUUUAUUUUUUCUGAUUAAAUUUUGAGCUUGUUGUGAAUUUGGGUAAAUUGGAAACCCCAAAUACAGAGUGAUGAUAUCUUCAGGGAUAAACCUGGUGAUGACGGUGAUUGGGUUCGCGGUGAGCACUAUGUUCAUCGUGUUCGUGUGCACCAGGCUUGUCUGUGCGAGGAUUCACCUCAAUGUUUCUAGACGCUCCUUCCCGAUAGCUUCCAGAUCCGAUCUCAGUAUUUUGGAGCGGGGAUUGCAUGGCGUUGAACCUGUAGUAGUAGCCAAGUUUCCAACAAAGAAGUACAGUGAUGCAUUUUUUUCAGCAGCAGAAGAUGCUCAAUGCACUGUUUGCCUCGCGGAAUACCAUGGCGAUGAUGUAUUGCGGAUCCUCCCCUAUUGUGAGCACUCCUUCCAUGUGACCUGUAUAGACAUAUGGCUUCAGCAGCAUUCCACAUGUCCUGUUUGUAGAAUAUCACUGCGCGAGUUUCCUGAGAGAAAACGCCGCAUGCAACCCUUGUUCAGUUCGGCUAUUCGGUCUCAUUACGGUACAGAGUCCUUCAAUACCCAUUCUUAUCGCUAUCUCUUGAAUAGUCGAGCAUCAAGAACUCAUGAAAACCAUGGUAUGGAUCCCAUUCAAGAAGAUAAUGCAGCAUCAGAGGGUGAUGCAACAGAUGCCAGGGAGAAUAGCUCCCCCUUAACUGAGAGUAAUCAGAUUUCUAAAGACUCGGCAAAUAAGCACGUAGAAAGCCCAUCAAAUCCGUAGGCACAUUGGUACCUUUGAAUUCAAGAUACAUCCGCUAAUACAUCUGAUCGGGCAGCGAUUGAGAAUGGGUAUGUCGUAAAAGUUUGGAAGUAAAUAGCAUUGUUACCUUCUCUUAGGAAGUUGGUUGUUGGCUCUUCUGCUUGCUGUACAUAUAAUCGAAAAGUGAUUUUACUUUUCGUUUUGAUUCACUUGCUUUUGUUUCGUUGUUCGGGUGGCUGGUCUUGGGCAGUUUUGUUAGAUCAGUUCUACAAGUAGUAGCAGAUAAAGGUUGCUUGCUGGAGGUUAUGUAUUUCACAUGUAUGCCCUUACUGUCAACUCAUUGCCAUGCAAAUGGAGAAAUGGGAUCUGUUUGAGCAC